AUGGGACACCUGCCGAGUACGGAAGCUUUCUUAAUGAUCCCAGUCACUUUUCACGCUAUUAUUUACAUUAUUGAUAAUAACUUUCCUGGUGAUCUCUCUCUCUCACCCCCUCUCUCUCUAUCUCUCUCUCUCUCCCUCUCUUUCUCUCUUUCUAUAAUAUUUUUUCCUAUAUAUCUAUCUAUCUAUCUAUCUAUAUGUGUUCAUAUCUAUUUUUUCAAUAUGUUCAAAUCAUUUACCUAUCUGAACGUUUUUCCCUAUAUAUCCACCUACUACUGUUUGUCUAUAUUUAUAUCUGCUCAUAUCUAUCUAUCUAUCUAUCUAUCUAUCUAUCUAUCUAUCUAUCUAUCUAUCUUUUUACCUGUCUGUCUUUCUAUAUAUAUCUUCUCCUUUCUAUCUAUCUAUCUAUCUAUCUAUCUAUCUAUCUAUCUAUCUAUCUUUUUACCUGUCUGUCUUUCUCUAUAUAUCUUCUCCUUGCUAUCUAUCUAUCUAUCUAUCUAUCUAUCUAUCUAUCGAUCUAUCUAUCUAUCUCUCUCUCUAUAUAUAUAUAUAUAUACAUGUUUAUCUAUAUUUCACUAUACAUCCACCUACCUAUCGCUGUUUAUCUAUAUCUAUACGUAUCUUAUGUUCCUGUUUUUCUAUCUAUCUAUCAAUCUAUCUAGCUAG